GCCCUCUUCCUCCAUGCUCGGUGCUGGCUGCCAGGCGUCUACAGGAGGGAGGAGGAGGAGGAGGAGAAGGAAGAGAGGGGACGGCAGCCCCGGCAGCAGCAGCAGUAACUUCCCAGGGCUUCAUUAUUGAGGUGCCGGACUCCCAGCGGAGAGCAGCCCUCCUCCAGCCUGCCAGCCUCCACUGCAUGAGUCCAUGGAUUACAUGGUGUGAUGCUGCAUAACCCAGAGGAUCAUGAGAGCUGUAAAAUUAGCUGGCAGGACUGACUAUUUCUUCCUCGCUCCAUUCCUAGCAAACUUUUACCUCCUUGCGUCAAGCUGACUGAUCACAAAUGGAUUAUGUAUCCCUGAAAGCCAAUAAAAGGCCGCCGGGCUGAUCCAAUGAACUCCAGCGUGUGUUUUCGAGCCCUCUGUUGUAAGGGUCCUCCACCUCCUCGCCCUGAAUAUGAUAUUGUUUGUAUAGGACUCACAGGAUCUGGGAAGUCAAGUCUAUUAACGCAACUGUGCAGCGAGGGCCAAGACAAUAUUGUGCCUACCACAGGUUUUAGUAUAAAAGCCGUUCCAUUCCAAAGUGCCAUUCUCAAUGUGAAAGAACUUGGAGGAGCAGCAAAUAUCCGAAAAUACUGGAGUCGUUAUUACCAGGGAUCUCAAGGGGUAAUAUUCGUCCUUGAUAGUGCCUCAUCUGAAGAAGACUUAGAAACUGCCAGGAAUGAGCUCCAUUCCGCCCUGCAGCAUCCACAGCUAUGCACUUUACCUUUUUUAAUACUGGCCAAUCACCAAGACAAGCCGGCGGCUCGCUGCAUCCAAGAGAUCAAAAAAUAUUUUGAACUUGAACCACUUGCACGAGGAAAAAGGUGGAUCCUUCAGCCGACAUCAUUGGAAAACAUGGAAGCCGUAAAAGACAGCUUUUCAAUGCUAAUAAAUUUACUAGAUGAGCGAGAACUUGAACCAGUUCAAAUUUAAAAGACCCUGGAAAAGCGAGAUCAUCACCCUCAUACCAACAGCUGCUUCUGUUGCAGAGUUACAGGAGAUGAGUGAUGUCGUCAAGCACGGGUCACAGUCACUCUUGUGUUUUUUGCUGCCUUACAUCCAUGUUAAUCUACAUUUUCUUUUACUGGUAAAAGUCCUGGAUGUACAAAGUAUACAUUAGAAGAAAGAAUACUGGAGGCCUCCAUACUUUUCCAGUAGUAUUAAUACCUAUGGGUUAUUUUUGUUCUGUUCCGCUUUAUCUUUGUGAUACUUUGGUUACUGUUCACUUGACAGUGCACUAUAUUCCUCGAAGAAGAACAAAAAUUCUAUCAUUCUUAACAUGCACUUACCAUCUGCAGAGGCAGCCAUUUACUGUACCUACAGUUAGAAACAUAUCAGUACCUUCUGAACUUCUGAUUUUGUUGACUUUACCUCCAAAACUUCAACCUCUAACUGCGUUGUAUGGUAUAAAUGACUACACACUUUGAUUAUUGCAGCAUAUGUUGUAUGUGUU